AUAUGUUCCUUGUUCUAUGAUGACAUUUGUGAUUUUGUCAAAGGAUUUUGUUAAUAAUUUUUUGUGUAUAAUUAUUUUAAUACCUAUGAAUUUAAUAAUACACAAAAUUUUUGCUUUUUCAAUGGUGAUUGAAUGAAAAUGAGUAAAAUCAAAAAGCCCGGCCAACAACAGCAAUGUCGUUGCUGCUUAGAAGUUAUCGGUCUAAAAGAUUUGUGGACAGAAUAUUAUAAUGGUGAUGAGAGAGAAGUCUACGGUGAAAUGGUGAACGAAUGCUUUGCGAUGCCCUGGGAGCAUGAAGACAGUAAGAGGGAGUACAUCUGCGACGGCUGCGUGACUCGUCUCCGGGACGCGGUCAGCUUCAGGAAAGAGAUCCUGCACUCUGACCAAUUGCUCAAGGAACACAUAAAGAAUGAAGCUGUCGCCGGCCACAGUGUGAAGGAGGAGGAGAUGUCAGACGCUGAGAUAGAGACGGAGUACCUGAGCAUAGACUACCUCGACGAAGACGGACAGCACAAGAGUAACAGCAGCAUAGAAAUAAAAAUAGAAUCGGGAGGUAUAAAAGAGGAGAGUAUACCGAGUAAGAGCGGGCGGCGCUACACGGAGGAGGACUUCAAGAAGUGCAUAGAAGCGGUGAAGAGCAGGAAGCUGUCGCAGACCAAGGCGUCCAUCAUCUACCACGUGCCCCGGACCACCAUCAGACAUGCUCUGGCCAAUCCUGAGAACACAAGUUCCAACAACGACAAGAAGAUCGAAAGAAGCAAACACAUAGACAACAUAAGCACACUGUUCCACCACACCAACGCUACUCCCAUACGCUCGCAGAAGGACAUCGGCUACGGAUGCUGCUUCUGCGACAAGUUCUACAUCAAACCGGCUGAACUGAAACAGCAUACGAGAGAUAUACACCAAGACCAAAUCCUCAACAUCAUGAGGGACAAAUCUCUGAACGACUACCACGCAAAACUGGACAUAACAGGCUUGCAAUGCAACGAUUGUAAAACAGGAAUAGCUGAUCUAGACGCCAUGAUGCGUCAUCUAAAAGAUCACGACAGAGACAUUCAUUUGGACAUAAACAACCACAUAAUGCCUUUCAGUUUCGAAGGCGAUGAGUUACGCUGCGUCAUAUGCAAGGCAGAAUUUAUCAAAUUCAAAAAAUUAGCCGAACACAUGAACAAGCAUUACAGGAAUAGGGUCUGCGAUGUUUGCGGCGCGGGUUUCAUCAACGAGAGAUCGUUUCAAAUACAUUUCAAAGUGCACAAAAAGGGUGUAUUCUCUUGUAAGUUUUGCGAGAAAGUUUUCGACACGUUUGGGAAGAAGAAAUCCCACGAAUCAGCCGUCCACAUACAUUCGCAAAUGUUGAGUAAAUGUGGAUAUUGUAAUAAGAAAUUCAAAACGCACAGGAACAAGGAGAAGCAUAUAUCCAGCGAGCAUGGAGUCCGUUUAAAAGAGAUCAAAUGCAAGCUUUGUGGUAAAGUUUACAAGACUGCCAACGCUUUAAGGGUCCAUACGAGACGUGAUCAUUUGAAGGAGAGGCCGUUUGAAUGUCAGCUUUGCGAUUACACAGCGUAUGGCAGCCGAUGUCUGAAAAAUCACAUGUUAAAACACACAGGGGUGAGGGAGUUCCAAUGCGACGUUUGUCUGAAGUCUUACGCACGGAAGAAGACGUUGCGGGAACAUAUGCGUAUCCACGAAGAUGAUAGGCGUUUCAAAUGUGAGCACUGUGGUAUGGCGUUCAUACAGAAUUGCAGUUUGAAGGGGCAUAUGCGGUCGAAACACAGGGAUUUGAUGCCAUCCGUGUGAUCCAAGGAUGUCUUUUUUUUUAUUCUCUACAAGUUAGCCCUUAACUACAAUCCUGAUUGUAAGUGAAGAUGCAAUCUAAGAUGAAAGCAGGCUAACCUAUUAGGAGUAGGAUGAGAAUCCACACCCCUUUCGGUUUCUAUACGACAUCGUACCGGAACGCUUCCAUUUUAGAUUGCAUUAUCUCUUACCAUCAAGUGAGAUUGUAGUCAAGGGUUAACUUCUAAAAAAUAAAAAAAAACAAGGCGAGGACCAAUUAAGGAAACUUCAAUCGAACGCAGGACCUCAAUGACAAUGAGGCAAUAUUUUAAUACUAAGGCAAUAAAAAUGGCAUCUAUGCGAGAACUUUUCAGCUUAGCUGAAUUAAGGUGGCAACUGAAAAUUAGUGCUUGGUCAUGAUUAAAAUGGGCUGAUAAUAGUGGCGUGCAAUAAAAAUAAUUGCCACAAUUUAUAUUUUUAAAUAAAAGUUAUCUAUUUUUUGUUAGAUUUGGGAGGGUAUUUUAGUUCCAGGGUUCCCAACUUAGGGGUUUCCCCCCCAGAUUUAGGGGGCAAAUAAGUGAAAUGGAAUUUUUUUAGGGGUCUGAAAUUUUUAGGGGUAUUUUCAGGGAUUUUUUGACUCUUUAAUAUUUUUAAAUUGAUGAUAAUUUUAAUAUUUCUUUCUUGACCUAGCGACUUAUAACGACAUAUAAUACGUUACUCUACAACCACUCUGAGGCAACUGGCGGCAAUUUUCAUCGAAUAAAAAAAAUUGUUAAAUUUAUUCAUUGUCAACAUAUCUAUUGUAUGAUUUCAAAAAAUCUGAAUCUUCAGACGUAAUAUUUUGUCUGUAUUAAAUAUAGACUUUUGAAACAUAUUAUAGCAUAUUAUUUCUAAAUUAUUAUGAAUUUAUAUUUUUAGGGGGACAACUCAAUAAUUAAGGCGAUUUUAGGGGUUUUUGACACAAACUUUAGGGAUAAAUAUUUUGGAGAGUUGGUAACACUGUUUAGUUCUCACGGUCAGUUGAACUCAGUGUUGCCAGAAGGUUACUUUUGUAACCUUUUAGGUGAUUUUUUGACUGCAUUGGUAACUUUUAGGUUACAUUAAUAAAAAGGUUACUUUUACGUGAUAUUUCGGAAUUUUUAGAAUUAACUUACAAUUUCGUAUAUCUAAAACAGAACGGUCGUUAAAUCAAGAAAUGCGGACAAAUGCUCAAGAACUCAUCGAUGUCUCUGUGUCAAUCUCACUAUAAAUGAAGACGUUACAAUUGACGUUGCGAAAUAAGCAAAUUGCAGUCACAUUGAAUUUCUUAAAAAAAUCAAGUAUGAAUUUAAGAAAUUAACGUCUAUUGUUUUUUAAAUCCUUGCUCUUUAAUUGUAUUUUUCUUAUCCCAUAAGUAAAAGGCAAACAAUCGGGGCCUUACUUAAGAUGAUUCUAUUUACGAGUAAAAUCUCCUUCGGUUUGUAGUAAUUUAGUACUUGGCUAGUAUUCGUAACAGACAGAUAUUAAAAAAAAAAAACAAAAUUACUUUAACCCCCAGAGGCUGAAAUGGUGGUUUAGCCAUGCUGUGGAACGCAAAAAGCAAGAGUAGUAGUAGUCAAAAGGUUACUUUUUACACAAAAAGGUUACUUUUUUUAAUAUUUCGGGUAACUUCUCAUAAGAUCCAACUGGCAACACUGGUUGAACUUGAACUACCGAGCAGUAAGGUUGUGUAGGUUGAUAUGCUACAAUGAUGUAAUAUUGGAUUGCAUAAUAAAUACAGAUAUGCCCUGAAUUAUUGCUAUACUGAAUUAUGACUGCUAUGAUUUAAUUUUAAAAUAUGUUAUCCAUUUGUUAGUUAAAUGUUUUGUUUAAUGUUUUUUUUUAUCUAUAGCUCAAUUAAAGUCUUUUGUUAUAAAUUUUAUAUUAUACCAUAUUUAGUUACGUAUCUUAUGAUUUGUCAUAAUAUUAGUUUGUAAUGUAUAUUAUAUACAAUUGGGUAUUGUAUGUAGAAAAAGCAAUAAAUUUUCAAAGUUAUUGGUAA